UUGGUCAACUAACUCUCUCGUAUAUGAGACAUUGCUUUUUGAAUUCCUUUGAAUCAUAAGAGACUACUAAACAAACGGUUUGGUGCGGUGACCAUAUAGAAAAACCUUUGAAAUGAUCAAUAGUCGGAAAUAUUUUGCCAAAACUAUCUAUUGUUUUCCUAACCCUUUAGUAACUUUACUGAGUCUAGUAAUUGCUAAUCAUCACUCUUGAAGGAUUUUAAAGUAAACUAUCACAUCCUAAUCUUUUAACCUGCUUUAUGUUUGUCACUACUUGCCUAACUUUGAUGGGAGUUGAAUGACAGUCGCCAUAUUCUUCUUGACAGCUGAUGCAUUACCAAGGGAGUAGAAAUGACUCCUAGUCAACCGAAAUUUUCUCCAGUUUACCAUCUAAUACCAAAAGACGUCACUACCACAGACACCAUAUGAAUUCUUUUUCAUUUUGUUACUUGUGUUUCUCUGUGCUGGUAUGAUUAGUAUAAAUUAAUGCACAUUUAUACCAUACCCUACGUUAUGGCUGUCUGAUGGUUUUGGAGUUUUGAUCGCCAUUAUCGCUCAGGAAAAAAAUGGACUGUUUGAUUCAGGUGUCACGUUCUAAAGUCACGGUUUCAAAUUUAGUGUUUGAUCAUUUCCACUGUUAAAAACAUGUCAGAUAUUUCAAACUUGUGUUCAUUAACUCAAUAGGUAAUCCAUUUUUGCAAACGGUAUAUACAGGAAACCAUAACGAGGCAACAACUAUUUUAAGUGACUAAUAUGGUCGAACACUCCAGUUAGUCAUGUUUUUUAUUCAAUGGCCGCAUUUAUGAAUCAGAAAGGAGAAGAGUGAAAUGGCAGAACACUGGUCAGUCGGACCCACAGUUCAUUUUGGUUCACAUUCGCUUCUUCCCUCCACUGACCUUCAAAUAUUGUGUGACCUACUUCAGUGUAGGGACUGCUGGUUCAGACGCAUUUAUCACCAACUUGCUGCCAACGAACUUCGGUCAAAUUCAGUUGUGGCACUAAGCCCUCGGAAAAGUUCAAUCCCUUCUGUUCCCUUCCAUAGCCUUACGAGAGCGAUUCAAGCAGUCUUACGUGGCCUCAAUCUAAAUCGUAAAUGCCCAUCAAAACUAGACACGAAAGCGACCAACUUAGCAUCAUUUCUGCAUUUGCAUAUAAAGACUAGUUAUCAUCAUAUAACUGUAGUCAGUACCAAAUUCUGUAUCAAAAGACAGUAUUGGGUCUGCCCUUCUCAUGGACGUCGUCUGUUCGAUUUGCUAUACUGUAGUGGCAACUUUAGUAUUCCGGAGCGGAAAGAUGGGUUAGACUUCGAUUUAACUAUUCGUUCAAUAAUCCCUCAGGGUCAAUCUGAUUUCUUUCGAUCUGUCCAGCUUUCAAGCUCCUCAGAUGAAAGUGAUGAACCGGAACAGACUUUUUCUGUUCAGAUCCACACUCCAGAGCUGUAUAUAGUAAAGCCAAAUCCAGAAGGUUCUCACAAUCAUUUGUCUACGAAGGCAUGUUCCACCGAACCCAAAAAAUUCAUAAGCAAACAACUUUAUGAAGUCAACAGGAAAUGGUCGUUCAAAUACAGUGUAAAUGACUUAAACCAUAAACAUCUGUACAGUGAAAACGACGCUCGACAUACCUGUGAUUCUCACAAUGAAAGAAAACUAGAUGGUCCAAAACAUGUGCAUUUUCCUAGGGGGAACCCUAUCUCUGCUGUAUACAAUCUUUAUACAUAUUCUACAGCAAGCAGGUUGGAAAGGUCUAAUCGUAUUUGGGAAAUAGAAGCAAGGUCUCGCUACUUCGAUCGUUUGAAGUAUUUAAUAUCAAAUGGUUUCGAGGCUGACCUAGCAUCCCAGUUGGCAGGAGAUGAUGAAUCUACGGAAAUUCACUCUAGUGUUAAUAAAGCUCUUGACAAUAAAGCAUGCAAACAAGACAAUCUCAAACCGACGAAUAUAAUAUCUAAGCGUUCAAAACCUCGACAUCGCAAACGUAAUCGAAAACGUGGAUCCAACCCAGUAUCCCUGUUAUCUUCACAUUCACAUAAUGAAACCGACCCUAGUAUUUCACGAAAUAAAAUUGAUGAUAACUAUCAGAAAUGUGUAUCCCUUGCACAAUAAUUAUCAGGUUAAGCAGAUGUCCUUUGAGCUUUUGUCUCAAUUUAUUGUACAGUUUUCAUUAAAAUCUGUGAUAUCUGUCAGUGAUUUGAUUGCACGUUAUUUUUUAUACAGAAUCUCAUUAAUUCGAUAUAAACUACUGUUCUCACUUGUCAUUGUUUUCAGAUUUUUAUCUAGUGUUAGC